AGCAAACCCAAAAGAAAAGAAAAAGAAAAACGACAGCAAAACGGAAGGAUCGACGGAGGAUUUUUAGGAAGAAAAACUAAUCUGAAAGCGGAUGAAUGGGCAAAACGGCUGGGGAAGAGAUCAAAAUCAUCUCCCGCCGUUUAAAUAUCGGGGAGGAAGAAUCACCCAGACCGACCUUUUCCAGCCGCACCACACUUAAGAAAAGGAGGAGAUUAGCACUACUUUUUCAGCCGCCGAUUCCGAAUUCUACACAUCUUCUGCACCAGGAGGAGAGCAAGUCUUCAAUUGAAAGAAAGAAAAAAACUGCAGCUGCUAGUUUAAAGAAGAGCAGCAGCCGCUGGUCUUGGAAAAGAAAUUGCAGCAGCAUCAGGUUCAAGCAAAAGCCCGGAACAAAUUUUCUUUUCCUCUUCUAAGGUCUCAAUUUCAGUUUCUUUCUCUUGGACAGCUUAGUUCUUUAUCCUUAAUAUACUUUAGGUAUUGCUAAUUGCUCCAGAAUUUCAUCUUAAAUGAUAUUGAUAUGUUAGCUUUUUUUUAUUGUGUUUGUGGAUUGAAAUGCAUUCAACCACUUGUGUUAGUUUUGUAUAAUCAUGUUUGGCCAAUUCUUAAUGGAGUUUGGAUUCUUACAGGUCAAGAUUCAGGUCAAGAUUAAAAGUAGUUCUUGAAUAUUGAUUUGAAUUGGAAUAUUAUUCCUAGUCACUUUGAAUUAUUAUAUUAGUAUUUUAUUUUAAAAAAAC